GGCCUUAGUCUUGUCGGAGAAUUGCAGCAUUGUCAACUACAGCGAUGCCGCCACAAAUCAAAGUCGGAGCAGCACCGGGUUUAUUGAUCGAGUUGGAGGAGGAGAAGGCCCAGGAUUCUCAUUUCACAUCGUCCGGAGUCAAUCAACCAACCCCGCCGUCGUAUCAGAUGUGGAAUCCCGGAUGCUCAGAUAGACACACCCCCUUUGUCUGCAACGUCGCUGUCGCCCCACGGGCUUAAAUUCACGCCACGGUUCAAUUCAUCUACCCGGGUGGGCGUUAUUCAUACAGCGAAAUCAUGGGUAGCAGCGUUUCUCGACGUUUGUUGUGAUCUGGGCGGUGGGCAGUGUGAAAUUCCUGUGAAAGGCGGGUUGGUUUCGGCUAUUGGGGACGAUCCUAACGCUUCGAUGAUACAGUGCACAGCGAUGGUGGGACUUGGGGCUUGACCUUUUUGGUCGUGGGGUCGAAUUCAGUCUUCGCCUUUGGUUACCAUCUGCAGCUCGUCGUCCGCUCGCCUGUGGAGGAGUGCGAUGGCUGUGGACAUGGCGAGGGUUUGCUGUGCUUCGCUUCUGGAAUUUGCUUCCUCUUUUUAAAUUUCUUCGUUGAUCUUUGUACAAUAGCUCUCAGGUCCGAGUGUUCAGUGUGCGCAAACAUGUGGAUGUUUGGAUUUCGAGGGUAUUGUGGGCGAUUGCAAUCACCAUGUUAGUGGGCCGAUCCUAUGGCAGCUUAAUUUAGGUCUUUGUAGUCGAGUGAGUACUGCUCUCAUUCAAGUAAUGUGAGUCGAGGUGAUACAGUUACCGAAACGCAAACUGCCGGUGCUUAUUCGGGAAGGGCUUUGGUGUCUGUUUUUGACGAGAUAGCGUGCAGUACACGAUGGGAGCCUGUGAGAGAUGAAGGUGUUUCUUCUUUUGCAGAGUUUGUCGCAUCUUUUGCUUUCUCAGCUGCAAGGAUCGGGCUCUAGAGGACGGUCACAGCCGGUUUUCCUUAGACGCCGUUACGUGCUUUGACCAUGGCCAGAUGAGGAAUCUCCUUGUAUUUGUUGGUUGAGAAGGUAUAUCUCAGAAACGAUGUACCGAUGGUUUGGAGGACCUAUGAAUUCUAUUGCACAAUUUUGCAGUCUCGCAAAGUAGUACUGUUAGAAGGCAGAUUUCAAGGUUUGUUGAGUAUGGAAUCGUUUUUAGGCACCAGAAUAGCUGUAGUUGACGACGUGAGGUUGUGUGCCGAUUUGAAAGGAUUUUUCUUAGCGAGUGGAGGAAUUUCGGACUGGUUUUCUAUCAACCUUAGGAAGACAGUGAUCGCUAGACGUACGUAGGUGAUAUAGCAGAGUUAACUUGAAGCUGGAAAAGCCCACGCCUGUAGAACAUCUCACAAAUGGCGCAGAUGGGACGAGUAUGCCCAAUUGUUGUGACGUUUCUCGUAACAAUCAUCUUCGCGCAAGUGCAUCCAGCAUCAGCGCAGGAUACCGAAACGCAAUGCUUGCUAGAUUUUAAAAAAUCUGUUUCCGAUCCACGAAGCCGUCUGGUUACAUGGUCCGACGCCAAUGUGAGCAGUAUUUGUGAGUGGGUCGGCGUCACGUGCUUCAAACUUUCUACAGUGCCCGUGUACAGACUCGAGUUGUCUGGCUUCGGGCUUUCAAGCGGCUGGCCAGCUGGACUCCAAAACUGUCGAAGCCUUGCAACGUUGGAUUUGUCCUACAACUCCUUCACGGGGCCUAUCUCUACUACGAUUUGCGAUGACUUACCGAACUUGGUGAACUUGAACCUCCAGCACAAUCGCCUAGGAGGCUCCAUACCUGCAGGGUUCGGUGAUUGUAAGUAUCUCAACGACUUGGUUCUGAACGACAAUGAUCUUGAGGGGGAGAUUCCAGGGCAGGUUGGGAACGCUCCCCGUCUUUCCCAUUUCACUGUGGCAAACAACCAGUUAGAAGGCAUGAUUCCAGCCACGUUAGCCAACAAGGUCUCGAAUGGGCCUGGAAUCAAUGCAUCAAGUUUCGCCGGCAAUUCGUAUCUAUGUGGGGCACCACUUACGGGAGCUUGCAGGUCGAAACCCCGGAAGAAAUCGAAUUUAGGCGCAAUCGUCGGUGCCGCUGUGGCGAGCGUUUGUGGAAUGAUGCUGCUAAUAGGGGUUCUCAUCUGGGUUUUGAGGAGGCGGUUUUUGAAAUCUCAGGUUGAGGACUUGAAAGGGGAUGGUGGAUGGGUGCGAAGGAUUCGUAAACCUAGAGCCAUCACGGUGUCGAUGUUUGAUAAUCCGAUUGGGAGGAUUAAGUUUACGGAUCUUAUGGAAGCCACAAACGAUUUCAGCAAGUCCAAUGUCAUUUCAACCAACCUCGCGGGGACUAUGUACAAAGCCUCAUUCCCGAACGUUGCAGUCAUGGCGAUCAAGCGGCUGCAAGUGAGCUCCCAAAACGACCGGACAUUCAAGGCAGAGAUGGAGACUCUUGGUCAUCUGCGGCAUCGCAAUUUGGUGCCCCUGCUCGGAUAUUGCGUGGCAGGGGGUGAGCGCCUUCUCGUGUACAAACACAUGCCCAAUGGAUCUGUUUGGGAUCGCUUGCACCCCGCAUCCGGCAAAUCGUUCUUGAGUUGGCCUGAACGCGUGAGAGUAGCAACUGGAGUCGCACGAGGGUUAGGGUGGUUGCACCAAACUUGUAAUCCUCGUAUUCUGCAUCGAAAUGUCAACACGAAAUCUAUACUUCUCGACAGUGACGACGAGCCGAGGAUCACCGACUUUGGCUUUGCGCGUCACAUGAAUCCCACAGACACUCAUGUGAGCACCUUUGUCAACGGAGAUUAUAGAAAUGUCGGAUAUGUUGCUCCUGAAUACGUUCGCACACUCGUAGCCACUCCUAAAGGCGACGUUUACAGCUUUGGCGUCGUACUUCUGGAGCUUGUGACCCGUCAGAAGCCUGUGGAUGUCGUCCCAGUCACUGGAAGCUUCAAAGGGAACCUGGUCGAGUACGUGAACAUGCUAUCUUCUUCGGGGAAGGCAGCUGAUGCAGUGGACUCCUCAUUGAGAGACAAUGGCGUCGACGACGAUGAAAUUCUGCAAAUCCUCAAGGUUGCAAUCUCAUGCGUGGCGGUAGAACCCAAGGACAGGCCAACUAUGUUCGAGGUUUACCAACUUCUUCGUGCGAUUGGACAGAAGUAUAACUACACUGACUCGUUCGCUGAGCUUCCGACGCUGGGCGACUCCAACGGAGUUGAUGCUGUGAAAUAAAGGUUCGAGGAUUCUCUACAUGGCUUCGAAGUCUUGCGACUCUCCUCGAAAAAUAUGUCGACUUUCAUUUGGUUUGAUCUUCACUCGUGGAUUGAACUUGUCGACGUCCAAUUACAGGAAUCUUUGAAUGUGAGUACCCCAGAGAAACGGUGAGAAAGAUUUUUUCAGUGUAACUUAGAAACUCUUGUGACUGCAAUGUCUAUUGCAAGGUAUUAUCUAUGAAUCAGUAACACAUGUGUUGCACCGCAAUCUACUCAUGGUGGGUUGGCAACAGAAUGUGGCAGUCAUAGACCCCCAGGGAAUAUAGGUGAGAAGAGCCGCGUCCAGCGAGCGAGUAGAUAUUUGCCAUUCCAAGGCUUACUAAAAUAUCAAGCUAACAGUGGAAUAGACUCCUAAUCCGUAUGCAAGCUAUAACGAUAUAAAUCUGCUGAGACGAGAUUUUUUUUGUAUAAAGUUGCAAUUGCUCGUUCUAGCAACGAAA